AUGAGAUUCGGAUAUCUCUUCGGGCUGUCACUGAUUAGCCUCAGUGUUGCCUCCCCCGUUUCCACCGUUUGGAAAUCACCUCGGGCUACAGCUCAGGAUUUCAUCCGUGGAGUUAACAUCGGUGGUUGGCUUGUUUUGGAACCAUGGAUUACUCCAUCUAUCUUCGAAGAAGGGGGUGAUUCUGCUGUGGAUGAAUGGACUCUGAGCCAGGCGCUGGGUGAACGUGCACAUGAUCGCCUCAAGCUACAUUGGAAUACCUAUAUCGACCAGAAUGACUUCAAUCGCAUCCGUGAUGUCGGACUUACUCACGUUCGCAUUCCGAUCGGAUACUGGGCCGUUGCUCCUAUCCAAGGAGAGCCCUUUGUCCAGGGUCAGGUGGACAUGUUGGAUGCUGCCAUUGACUGGGCCAGACACUCCGGACUCAAGGUCAUGAUUGACCUCCAUGGUGCCCCCGGAUCUCAAAAUGGGUUCGAUAACAGCGGCAGACUGGGCCCGGCCAACUGGCAAAAAGGUGACACCGUCGAUGCCACGUUGAAGGCCCUCGAUUUCCUCAUCCAACGAUACAGCCAUCAAGAAGGUGUGGUCCACAGCAUUGGCCUCAUCAAUGAACCCUUCCCCCAGGCCGGUAUCCAAGUUGAGCCACUCAAGGAAUUCUACCAAAAGGGAGCUGACAAGGUCAAGAGCUCCAAUCCAAAUCUCGCCGUUGUCAUCUCAGACGCCUUUAUGGGCCCAUCUAAGUGGAAUGGCUACGAUCUAGGUGCUAAGACCAUCAUCGAUACUCACCAUUACGAGGUCUUCUCUCCCGAACUCGUCGCCUGGACCGUUGACCAGCACGUCAAAGCUGCAUGUGACUUUGGCACAAAUGAACUCACUCCAUCCUCCCUCUCCCCAAUCGUUGGUGAGUGGUGUGGUGCCAUGACCGACUGCGCCAAAUACCUCAACGGCCGCCACGAGGGUGCCAGAUACGACGGCUCACACAAGGACUCCAACCACGACACUGCCGUCCCCAACGGCUGCGUUGGCAAAUCUGAGGGCUCUAUCUCCGGUUUCUCCGAUGAAGAAAAGGCCAACACCCGACGAUAUAUCGAAGCUCAGCUUGAUUCUUUCUCUCGUGGAGUCGGGUUCUUCUGGUGGACCUGGAAGACUGAGAGAGGGGCUCCAGGCUGGGACUUGGAUGAUUUGAUUAAGAAUGGAGUCUUCCCUAAUCCUAUUGAUACUAGGACCUAUCCUGGCCAGUGCCAUUAGACUAUUUUCGGCGUAGGGAGACACAGGCGACUUUGAUUCGUUAUUAUUAACACUUCUUA